GCUUCUCGUCUUCGUCAGCCGCGUCAGGGGACAGGCGCGCGCGGUGUCCCCUGCAGCCUACGAACAUGCAACUCCACAUCUUACUGUGCUUUUGUUGCAUUGGGUGUGUUCACAGAAAAGAAUAAAACCUUAGUUUGCAUUCAGAGAACACUGAUUACAUACACACAUGCACUAUGGAUGUUGCUGCAGUUCAGAGCGCAUCAAUCAGGUGUGGAGCGCAUCUGCCCACUAACUCUUGGGGUGAUGAGGAACACCAACAAAAUGUGGUGGCUGCUGCAGCAGGCAGGCCUCAGCCCCACACCAGUGAGCGGGGAGAGGGGAUGCCCCGACGCCGGAGGACCAUGGGGAGCAGGAUGCUGGCUCAGAGACGCUCACAGCAGGCAGAGGAGGUGAUGGAAGAGGAGAACGAUGACGCUGAAGGGGCUGAACCCCAGUUUUCUGGGAAGGUUGGAGCAAAGAAACAGCGCAAGUUAGAGGAGAAGCAAGCCAGAAAAGCUCAGCGAGAGGCUGAAGAAGCAGAACGUGAGGAACGAAAGAAGCUUGAGCAGAAGCGAGAGGAAGAGAGGCGCAAAGAGGAGGAACGGCUGCGCCUGGAGGAGGAGAAGCAGGAAGAAGAAAAGAAGAAGGCAAAAGAAGAGGAGGAGGAGCGGGAGCACGAGGAAUAUCUGAAGCUGAAGGAGAGCUUUGUGGUGGAAGAAGAAGGGCUGGAUGAAGCCAUGACAGAGGAGGAGUCCCGUAGCUUCCUAACAGAACUUCUUGAAUACAUUAAGAGUGCCAAAGUAGUUCUUCUGGAAGACCUGGCCUCGCAUCUGGGCAUAAGGACACAGGAUGCAAUUAAUAGAGUACAAGACCUGAUGGCAGAUGGAACGCUAACAGGCGUAAUCGAUGAUCGAGGCAAGUUCAUCUACAUCACCCCAAAGGAGAUGACCGCCGUGGCUGAGUUUAUUCGCCAGAGGGGACGUGUCUCCAUUAUGGAACUGGCUCAACAAAGCAAUUCUCUCAUCAACCUACAACCUGAAGCCAAGGGGGUGGCAUAAGAAGGCAAUCUCUUAUGGAUAGGAGGAAAAUAAAGCAUAGUUAUGGAAUGGGUAAA